AUGGCCGCCGCGGCAGCUACCCAUCUGCAGCCUCCUCUUCCAUCCGAGAGCAUGGACGGCGGCGCCAUGUCCCUUGCUGCGGCGGCCGCGAACUGCCGGUGCAGCCGCGUGGUGUACGUGGGCAACAUCGCGUUCCACGCGUCCGAGAAGGAGGUCCGCGACGCGUGCGAGCUGAUUGGCCCCGUCUGCUCCCUGCGCCUCGCCGCCGACCCGGGCACGGGGAAGCGCAGGGGCUACGCCUUCGUAGAGUACCCCGACGACGAGACGGCGCGCAGCGCGUGCCGCAACCUGCACGGCCACGCGCUGCGCGGCCGUGAGCUCCGCGUCGGCCUCGCGGGCCGGGCAGGCCGCCGCGGCUCCGGCGCCGGCGCGCGGGGAGAGCACGAGCCCGUCGGCCUGGAGGACGCCGUCCACGCCGCGUCGCUCGUCGCCGGGACGCCACCGCCGGACUCCGUCACGAUGUUCCUGGCGGCGCGGUCGGCGCGGGAGCUGCGCGAGAUUGUGGGCCUGCUGGAGGGACACGGCCCCGACGCCCUGAGGCUGCUCCAGGAGCAGGUCCCGGGGCUGGCCGCCACCGUGGAGCUGGCGCGUCACCUGAUCAACAUGGCGGCCGCGGACUUCGCCGCGGAGGCGGCCAGGAACAAGAAGCGGGCCGGCGUGGAGGGGUCCGGCUCCGACGACGGCGAUCACGGCGCCAAGCUCAGGAAGGUGGAUCUGAAAGAAGGCGGCGGCUUCAAGGACAACGUCGCGGUUUCUGCAGCUGGGGUCAUGUGCUUCUGA